UAAUUAAGUGCUUGUGACCGCGCCGGGUUAGAGGCUAAGAGCGACUCGCACGGUCGGUCGGGGCUCGUUCAGGACGGAGCGCGGAGCACAAGGAGAGCCGUUCCCACGCCGUGGUCGCCCCCCGCGAUGGCAAAAAUCAUUCUCGGGCACCACAUAGAGACUCCCGUGCGGUACCAGGAGGAGUUUGAAGGUCGAGGUUUGGAAGACUGCAGGUUGGACCACGCUUUAUAUGCACUGCCAGGGCCCACCACCGUGGACCUGAGCAAAGCCAGGGGGGCCCGGCCUCCUGCACCGGACCCGGACGCGGAGAGGCCGCCCCGCAAGGGCAAGCCCCGCUUCCAGGUCUUGCUGGAUGUGGUCCAGUUCCUCCCGGAAGACAUCAUCAUCCAGACCUUCGAAGGCUGGCUUCUGAUCAAGGCGCAGCAUGCCACCAGGAUGGACGAGCACGGAUUCGUCAGCAGAAGCUUCACCCGGCAGUAUAAGCUGCCAGGGGGCAUUGAAACCAAAGAUUUGUCGGCCUGCUUCUGCCAUGACGGGAUUCUAGUGGUGGAAGUCAAGGAACCCGGAGGGGCGCAGUAAGGUGUGACCGUGGGGUGCAGUAAGAUGUGACCGCAGGGCACAGUGAGAUGUGAGAUGUGAUCGGUUGCCUUGGAGAUAGCAUGCAGCCCCCGUGCCCACUGCCCCUCCAGAUCCCGGGCGUUGUUGCCCACGUUGGAAAUUAUUUUUAUGAAGAUUAAAGAAAUAUAGCCCUUGCACCCGG